AUGCUGUCCUGUUUCUGGUUCCUCUGCAAGCACACGAGACCUUCGCUGGGGUCCCUGCGCAGCGCCCGCCGCGGCCUCGAGCUCCCACCGCGCUGGGUCCCCGGGAUCCCCUCGGGCCUCAAGCCAGCAGCCCUCAGCCGUCCGCGGGCCUCUGCCGCCUCCUCUCGGGGCCCGGCCGGGCCCGCCGCUGCUCCAUCCCGGGUGCGCCAGAACUUCCACCCGGACUCCGAGGCCGCCAUCAACCGCCAGAUCAACCUCGAGCUCUAUGCAUCCUACGUGUACUUGUCCAUGGCCUAUUACUUUUCCAGAGAUGACGUUGCCUUAAACAACUUCUCCAGGUAUUUCCUUCGCCAGUCCCGGGAGGAGACGGAGCACGCGGAGAAGCUGAUGAGACUACAGAACCAGAGAGGAGGACGGAUCUGCCUGCGGGACAUCAAAAAGCCAGACCAGGACGACUGGGAAAACGGGCUGCAUGCCAUGGAGUGCGCUCUACUCUUGGAAAAGAAUGUGAACCAGUCGUUGCUGGAAUUGCACACUCUGGCCUCAGACAAAGGUGACCCCCAUUUGUGCGACUUCCUGGAAACCCACUACCUGAACGAGCAGGUGAAGGCUAUCAAAGAACUAGGUAACCAUGUGCACAACUUAGUUAAGAUGGGUGCCCCGGAUUCUGGCCUGGCCGAGUACCUUUUUGACAAACAUACCCUUGGAAAUGAAAACAAGCAGAACUAA